AUGGGCAGAAGUUUCAUUCUUCUCUUUUUCAUUCUACUACAUGCCAAUACUUUACUUGCUAAUAUUAGCACUGAUGAAGCUGCUCUUCUUGCACUUAAAUCACACAUUUCUUCUCAUUCUAACAAUAUCUUAGCAAGCAACUGGUCUUCUUCUGUCCCCGUUUGCAGCUGGAUUGGAAUCACUUGCAGCUCCCGUCACCAUCGAGUCACUGCUUUAAACAUUUCUAGCAUGCAACUUCAUGGUACCAUUCCUCCACACCUUGGAAACCUCUCAUUUCUCGUUUCCCUCAACAUAAAUAACAACACUUUCCAUGGAGAUUUGCCACAAGAGUUGGCUCAUUUGCAGAGGUUGAAAUUCUUUUAUGCCAAAAACAAUAACUUCACCGGAGCCAUUCCAUCAUUUUUAAGUUUGUUACCAAACCUACGCUUUUUGAACCUAUCGAAUAACCAAUUUUCGGGUAAAAUUCCAUCCUCCCUUUCCAAUCUGACAAAACUGCAAGUGUUGUCAAUACAGAGUAAUUUUUUCGAAGGAGAGAUCCCUCAGGAACUUGGUGAUCUUCGUUACUUGAUUGUCCUAAACCUGCAAUAUAAUCAGCUUAGCGGCUCUAUACCACCAUCAAUCUUUGACAUUAGUACAAUGCAAGUGAUUGCUCUUAGCGGCAACAAUCUUACUGGAAAGCUUCCAAAAACUAUAUGUGAUCAUAUUCCAGACUUGGAAGGACUUUACCUCAGUAGAAACUCCCUAGAUGGAGUUAUUCCACCAAACCUGGAGAAAUGCAGAAAGCUUCAAAUAUUGCAAUUGGGUGAUAAUGAGUUUGCUGGAACUGUACCAAGAGAGCUAGCCAACUUAACCGCUCUUACAAGAUUACAUAUUGCAACUCUGCAUUUGGAAGGUAGUAUAAAAUUUUCUUCCUUUUCUCUUUUCCCCCAAACUUGGUACUCAUAUAUUUCCCCAAAAUUGACAGGAGAGAUACCAAUGGAGCUCGGUAAUCUUAAGAAACUUCAAACAUUGGCAUUAUCACAGAAUGAGCUUACUGGCUCUAUACCUGACAGCAUUUUCAACAUUUCAGCACUGCAGAUUAUAGAUUUUGGACAAAACAAGCUUUCAGGUACUCUACCUUUAGAUUUAGGUCGUGGAAUGCCCAACCUAGAAAUAUUUUUUUGUGGAGUAAAUAAUCUGAGUGGUUUUAUCUCUGCUUCAAUCUCAAAUUCAUCGAAACUCAGACAACUUGACCUCUCACAAAACAGUUUCACAGGUCCAAUUCCUAAAUCACUUGGUAACUUAGAAUACCUUGAGAUUCUUAACUUGCAGCGGAAUAAUUUUGUCAGCGAUUCAACAUUGAGCUUCCUUGCAUCAUUGACAAACUGCAGGAAUCUAAAAGUACUCACGUUAUCUGGUAAUCCGUUGGAUGGUGUUUUACCUGCAUCUGUUGGUAAUUUCUCAAACUCCUUGCAAAUUUUUGUAGCAGAUGGUUGUAAACUGAAGGGUGUCAUUCCGAAACAAAUUAGUAAUCUUACUAGAGUUACAAGGAUGAGUCUGGAUAAUAAUGAGUUAACAGGCCAUAUUCCAAAAUCUGUGCAAGCCAUGCUGAACCUUCAGCAACUCUCCCUACAAAGCAACAAGAUAGAAGGAGCCAUACCACAUGUUAUCUGCAGCUUAAAGAAUCUAGGUGCAUUACUCUUGUCAGAUAAUCAAUUUUCUGGUUCAGUGCCCUCAUGCUUAGGUAACAUGACCAGUUUGAGGGAACUUUACCUAGCUAACAACAAACUGGAUUCUAGAUUACCUUCAAGCUUGGGGAACCUUCAAGAUCUCAUAGUAUUCGAUGUGUCAUCCAAUUUAUUUAGCGGGGAAAUUCCACUGGAGAGCGGAAACUUGAAGGCUGCAACACACGUUGAUCUGUCAAAUAAUUAUUUUUCUGGUAAGAUUCCUAGUACUCUAGGGAGUAUAGAUAAAUUGAUUAAUCUUUCUCUAGCACAUAAUAGAUUAGAGGGGCCUAUUCCAGAAUCAUUUGGCAAAAUGUUGUCCUUGGAGUACUUGGAUUUGUCCUAUAACAAUCUUAGUGUCAGUCUUUCUUGUCCAAUGAUGCACUUUGUGGUGACUCCCGAUUUAAUGUAA